CUCUCUCUCUCUCUCUCUCUCUCUCUCUCUCUCUCUCUCUCUCUCUCUCUCUCUCAUUCCCUCACGCACCGACGAGAAACUCUAAAGCAGAAUCCUUCAGGAUCUGCUCGGGUAGUGCCCAAGAGUGCCAACCCAGAGUGCCAACCCAGCGUAUCCUCGUGCCCACAGAGAGUGAACAGUGAGUGACACAACCCCGUGUGAUCUCGCGUCUCCCCGUCGCACUUGUCAGAAAAAAAAGUCAGAGAGAGAAAAGAAAAAAACAAAAAAACGUGUUUCGACGUGUUUUGAUCAGCUGUUCGGCGGCCAGAUCGCUCAGAAAACGCGAUCCGCCGUAACACGUGUGUGCUCCGCGGUUCCCGGCGUCUCGAGGAAAAAAAUGCCAUGCAAAUAAGCGAUUUCAUUUCCAUGAUGUAGAAACCUGUAGAAGUAGAAUUAGUGCAUGUGUAGUGUGAAGAAAAGAGAAAGAAAGAAAGAAAAAAAGAGAAAGCACCUGCGAGCCUUUGUUAGUGCUAGCUGCAUUGUGCCAUUGAGUGCCAGUGCCGUAGAGCGUCCGGAGAUCGACGCAGUGGCCCUGGCAUCCCCUCCGGACCCCAUGGCCGACCCGCACUCUCAGGUUCUCUCCAAAGAGCCUAAGAAUGGUUCUACAGACACCAACUUGACGACUACGACUAAUGUACAAAAAAGAGAUAACCCAUCAUCCCCUUUGGCAGAGAUGAGUGGUCGUCGGUGUCGUGUAGUGUUCAGCUAUGCACCACAACACGACGACGAGUUACCGCUUUGUGUUGGCCAGACGAUCGAGGUAUUGCAAGAGGUGGAGGAGGGCUGGUGGAAGGGCGUGCUAGACGGACAGGUUGGAAUGUUUCCAUCAAAUUUUGUUGAAAGUCUUGAGGAAAGUGAAGGUGAUUCCAAGCAGCCUGAGUCAAGCUCCCUUGAAAAUAUUAACAAUCAGCUCAACAUUAACGGUGAAGAAAAAGAGAUUAAACCUAAACCAAUCCAAGGGAUGGGGUAUGGGGUCAAGCUAACUGACCUCAAGAAGGACACAGGGACAAAGAAGGACACUGACGGACCCACCAGCAAUGGAUCGCCCAAGAUCCUAGGGUCCUCGGGAUCCUCAGCCUUCCAGCCUGUCAGCAAGAACAAAGAACCCCCAAAAGAAAAUGGUCAAGUAAAGGACUUCAGAGAUCUACCUCACCGACUACCUCCUGCUCUUGAACCUAAAGGCGAUAAAAUCACCAGCAAAGUGGAUAAAACACGGAUCAACUCUGCAGAUAAGGAGCGCAUCAAUUCCAUAGAAAAAGACCGGAUCACGAUAACCAUUGGAGAAGAAAAAAGCAAAGGUGACACUGCAAACAGAAGGGAUGACCGACUUCCUCUACCCAGCACAUCACCACCACAGAUAUCACCUCCUCAGCUACCUCCUAAACCUGUGCGGGAACUUGCCCGAGUCAUGUUCCCCUACACAGCUGAGCACGAGGAUGAGCUAGAGUUGAAAGAAGGAGACGUCAUUAUUAUUUUGUGCAAGGAGCUUGAGGAUAAGGGUUGGUGGCGAGGAGAACUGAACGGCCAAGUUGGUGUCUUCCCAGAUAAUUUUGUAGAGCUUAUUUCCCCAGAAGAAACGGCUAAACCACCAAGACCGGAAAAACCAUCGACUGUUAUAGGCAAAAAGGGAUCUCCAACCAGUUCAACAGACACGACGCCAACAAGCACUCUAAACAAAGCAGAUAAGGAACCUCCCCCUCCAUUGCCUGAGAAAAAAGUGCAACCGCCACCACCCCCAGAAAAGAAGCCGCUGCCCCAUCCAUCUUUGCAUUCGUCUGAUGCCCAUGACGGAAGUUGUUCCUCAAAGGACGCAUCAGAUUUAAUGAUGUCUAAAGGGUCGAAGAAGAAAUCUGAAGUCAGAGAGGACCUGAGCCUAACGCUGGAUACAAAUGGAGAGCCCCUGAAGCACGUGACACACCUGAGGCCCAAAGGUCCUUCGCGGAGACGGCCUCCCUCGGGGGUGUUCAAGGAAAAUAUGAAAAUCAGCGCUGACUCUGAUACCCACCUCCCUCCCACACCUGAAGACGACCUCGAUAACGACUCAAGUCACCAGCUAAACGGGCAUGUAAGCAACUCUGAACUUCCACGCAGCCCGAGUGUUCCUGCCAUCUCACCUACACCACAGAAACCCACUAUGCGCUCAGAUGUUGCACCUCCUCAGGCUGACUCUGGAAGCACAGUCCCAUGGCUACAAGAGCUACAUUUGAAACAGAAGAAGAGACUCUCAGGUAUCAUUGUAGAUGGAGAAGCCUCAGCUGCUCCACCACCUGUAAUCUCUCCAAAGCCAGCUGUCUUGCCUCAUAAAAUGGAAGACAAGCCCAAGCCCCCUCGGCCAUCACUACCAAUGAACGAAGCCAUCAACUCCAGUGUCAAGAGACCUGUAGAGCCUCGCCUUCCCACACCCGACUAUGACAGCAAGGUCCCCAUCACCAAGAGCAAGCCUCUGCCACAGACGCCGUUAUCCAGCCAGAGCAUACAGCCAGAGAAGAGACUUGGCUUGGUCACAGAUCAGCGAGCUUCAGGUCCAGCCAGUGAGGCGAAGAAGUCUAGCAAAGAGAUUAAAAAGGGACACACUGCACCAAGUGCUGCUGAGGCUCCAAGUAAUUUAGAAGAGAAGAUUGAUGCUUUGUAUAAGGAUCUAAUACCAAAGAUAAAACUAAUUGAAGAGCGCAUGGAGGAGCAGAAGAAGGAACAUUCUCGGAAAAUGCAGAUGUUGAUGAGUGACCUAGAUGAGGAACGCAAGAAACGAGCUUGCAUGGAAGUGGAAAUUGAGCGAUUAAAAAAGCUCAUCAAUGCAUAUGCUCAAGUGUAAGAUUUAUUUCAAAUCCUGGUCAUAAAGGAUGAGGAUAGGUGUCUUUCAGGUUUAUGAUGAAAUAUCAGCAUUGAAAGUUUUGCAGGACCAUGUAGAAAGUAAGAAUCUUGAAGCAUCCUCACCGGAAAGUGUGAGAUACUGUAUGAAGUACCAUGAGAGAUGUGACCUUCUUUGUGAUCCAAAGGUCUUCCUUAAAAGUCAGGUGGAUGUCCAGUAUCUCUGUCUUUUUUCUCUUUUUCUACUGUUGAUAUAGAAUAAAACCAGUAUACAGAGAGUUUGAGCUGUGUGUGUGGUAAGCAAGAUAUGAACAUCAUUUCAGCCAUAGAGGAUGGUUAAUGUGUGUUCAUAAACAUGUAUUCAGUAAUGGAAACCAUUAAUAUCUGUUGAUAAAAGGAAUGGGUAACAUGUGGUAGGUUUUAGUAGUGUCUUUUGUGUAUAAUAUGUGAAGAAUGCAUGUGCUUUGAUAAGGGCAGGAUUUCUGUACGAAAGAGAAUGCAGUAGGGAAAAGUGAUGUUAGACUGUCAUUGAAUGAUUUUGAUAUAGAAAUAUACUGUAACAGUCCACUAUAGGGUAAUAUUUGUUAUACAAAUAUGACUGCUUUUCAACAUCACAUUUCUCUCAUGGUGCCAAAAAUUACCAUGUGUUGGUGCUGUGUAGAACACAUCCUAAAGUAUAGAGGCUGAAACUGACAGAAAUUCCAGUUUAUGGACGAGAGAGAGAGAAAGGAAUGCAAAGAAUAUUUCAAGUGUAAGGGAAAUACAGCUUCAACUUUCAAAAGAUACACCUUUAUCUACAGCAUAAACAAGACCAAACGAAGGUACCACCCAGAAGAAAAUAAUUUAUCAACUACAGCUUAGAUGAUGCAAGCAUUUUUAAUUCAAGGAUCACUUUUUAUCUUGUAUCCAUGAGUAUGUUAGUGUAUAUCUGUGUAUAUAAAAGAUGUGGAAUCUAAUAUGAUUUUGCAUAUGUACCAUAACCAUGUGUGAGUGCAUAAAGUCAUACAUAGAACACAAACAAAACCCUGUGUAUAUGUAUGUGUGUGCUUACAUGUUUUAUAAUUUCAUACUAUCAGUUUUAAAAUUGAGAUCAUAUCAAGAUAUACUGUAACAAUCUUCAGAGCAUAAUGUUCAUACUAGACAUAAAAACAAACCUCCAUCAUUGGUUACCAGUAAAUUAAUGCAAAAUGUGGUGAUGAAACUCCAGAUUAAGUUAUUGGAUGUAAUAUAGUACAAUAUCUGUGUAAUUUAAAUAUGUAUAUGAACAGGGAUUUUGCAAUAAGAGUUGAGGUAAGAUCUAUUGUAGAUGACUUGCCUUGAUAUAUAUUUAGUGCAUUCAGUCCAUAGAACUUGGAUUCGUUUUAGGAUGACGUUGAAUGUAUAAAUGCCCGUUAGUGAUACCUUACAUGGUUGUGGGCCCUCUGGUCAACGCAAGGAAACUGUUGUACAUUUUUAAAAACUAGAAUCAUCUGAUGGUACUUGAGUUUUAUAUGGCUUUAUGCACAGAAAUUGUGCAUGGAUUGCAGUACUUAAGGAUAUUGGCAAUUGUUACAAGUAAAAAGCAAGGGCUUCACUCCUGCCACUUACAUCAUUUUGUACAGAUGUUCCAAAAUGCCAUAUCAUGUGACAUUCUUUUGUAGUAUUUUUGUAUACCUUCUUUUUGGAAACAUUCCUUCUGCAUUGUAUUGAUUGGAAGUGAAGCAGACAAACUAGCAUUGUGCUGGUCCUAUCUAGGGCUAGUGUAAAGUGUAUGUCCAUAUUUUCCCUUCUAGUAUUCUACCUAUACAUUUUCAGUUAGAUUUCUUUGUGUAUAUUCACGUGUAUGUAGUGUAUAUGUUCAUAUACAUCCAUGGAUAUGUAUAUACAAGCGUGUAUGUUUGUGUGUGUGUACACAUGAUCAUGCACACACACACCUACGCCCAAAACACGCCAACACACACACACACACACACAUCCACGCACACAUGCCCACAAAUUUAUAAAUAUGUAUAUAUGUAUGUGUAUACAUAUAUGUAUAUGAGUGUGUGCAUAGACAUACACCUUAGUAGACACUGAUUGUAUGUAUGUAAGUAUGUUUAUAUGUAUGAGCAAUUUAGUCCUUGUUUAAGAAAUAUUAUUAUAGGAAGUUUAUAUUUAUUUACUAUAGAAUGCAUUACAUUAUGUCAGUAUGUCUUGUGCCAUCAUGUGUGGCCCAGAGUGCUUUGUGCCAUGAAACAAAAUCUUUUGCUACAACUUGACUUGGUCUUUAGUCUGUGCUUUGAGAUAAGUAUUAAAUGCCACAUGGAUUUUUUUUUUUCUUUUUUUUUUUUUUUUUUUUUUUUUUUUUCUUUUUUUUUUUAUACCAAGGUUAUCAAAAAUGAAGAACAUCAGCAGGAAUAUAUUUGGGACGUAAUGUAUAAGGAUAAAGCAAUGGCUUAUCCAAACCUUGGAAGUAGUUGAUUGAUAGUUCUUUAAGAAGUGUUCAAUGAAAUAAAAAUGAUUCGGGUCGCAAAAGAGCGAAGAGAAAUUUCCGGCUAAAUACGCAUAGUAAAAGUACCGGUCAAGAACCCCUGUGUCUAGCAUAGCUUUCCUUAGAAAUUCUCUGCUUCAUCUCCAUCUGUCAUGUCAAGUGAGGAUGGCAUCAGACAUGUAAUUACGUGCCUCUGUAUGCAGUUCAUGUGGAACUAGUUUUCUUUUUGUUUGAGAAAAGAAAAGAAAGGCUUCAUAUAGCUGCAGAAGUUCAAAAAAGAAAAAAGAAAAAAAAAAGAAUUUGGUGUAUAUAUGACUUGUAUAUUUUACUUUAAUAACAUGUGCUUCAAAGAACAUAACACGAAGGUGAUUUCACAUUGGUUUAAUAAUGAACAGCAACUAGAUGCAUUCACAUCAUAAGAGCUUUCAGCUAGUUGAUACUCCAUUUCAGACUUUCAUUUUAUCUAGUGAUAGUUAUGUGGGUGAAAGGUUGAAAAAUAUUAGGGCCACAUCAUUUAAUUCCAAGGAUAAUACAGGUAUACAUAAUAAAUAAUGGUAGUACAAGUGAUUAUUCAUUCCUAAAUAUGGCUACAUUGAAGUCUGUACUUAACAAGGAAAUACGCCCUGUAUUUCUACACCAUAUGUCAUAAUAAUGUAGAAACAGGUCAGUAAUUUUGAAGAAAAAAAAUUGAUUAUAUUGUAUGUGUAUUGUAUAGCAAGAUAUGAUGGUUUUUCUUCUGUCUCUAUAUAUUUCAGCUUUUAAUCUCCACAUUUCUAUUCCAAUAUACUGCUAUCAUUGAAAGAUUUUUAUAGUUUUCAAUUUCAUAAAUUGUAGAUUCACAGGUAUUCUAGUCAAGUAACUUCAAAAUCAUAAGGUCUUCUGAACAUCAAAUGUUGAGUAAAUAAAUAGGAUGUGAUCCACGCAUUGUCAUUCAGUACAUCAAUAUUUUUGUUUAUGAUCUAAAGUAUAUUGGAAUAAUUUUUUUACAUCACUUUCAUGCUACCAAAUAUGUUUGGUUAAGAAAUAUCAUUGAAUGACCAUGUCUACUGCAUACUGUAAAUCCUUUAUAUAUUUUUAAUAAUCCUAACAUUGAUUGUAUCAAACAUCCUUGUAUUUUCUUGCACAAUCAUAAUUUCUAUUUUAUUUAACACUAGUCAGUGAGUAAAUAAAGAAUAAGCAUAAACA